GUUCCCCUCGCCUGUCACUGUCUUCUCCUGGUGGUUGUCUCUGUGCCUAGAUCCCAAUUUUUAGUACCGAGUUAACCUCACUCCUCCGAUCCAAACACACGAGUUGACUCGUCAGGAUAAUACAAGCGAAUAACUUCGUAUUGAAAAAAGUAAAAACCAUCUCGUCAGCUACGGUAAGAAGUCUCGACGGCAUGAUCUGGAGAAGACUCGGCGAGUCAAAAGCACAGCAACUCGUUCAGCUUUUUAGGUCAAGUUGGGUUUUGUUUUAAAUGUUUUGACUGUGACGCAGUGAAGUGAAGAAGGAAACUUAUAUCUCAAAGAAGAGCCUGGGAGAUUUGGUUUAGGGUAAAGGACAGCCGUCUCCAGGUUUCAAUCAGACUUCAAUGCUUUGUUGUUUCUGACUUCUGAUUUUCUGAGCUUCCCCACCAAAAACCCAUAACUAAAAAAAAACAAAAGCCCGAGAGGGAGGAAAAAGGCCAUAAAUAUUGCUAUAAUGCCACGCCCUUAUUUCCAAAAGCUGAUUCUCUCUUCCACAAUCAGAGCCGAAGAACUGAGGAUACCAGAAAAUUUUGCCAACAAAUUCAGGGGAGAGCUUUCAACUGUUGCUACAAUCACUGUUCUGGAUGGUCGCAUAUGGCGAGUAGGAUUGAAAAAGAUCGGGAACAGUGUUUGGUUUCACAAUGGUUGGCAGGAAUUUGUUGAACACUACUACAUCCGUGUUGGGUACUUUCUAAUAUUCAGAUAUGAGGGGAAUUCAGGUUUCUUUGUUCAUAUAUUUAAUUUGACGACUUCUGAGAUAAACUAUCAAUCCAAUGCAUUCGGUAGCAUUCAAGGGCUCAAUUAUCGCAAUCAGUAUAAUGUAUUUGAAGAAAUGGAAGACGAUGAUUCUGCUGAAAUUAUGGGUUCCGCACUUCCAUGCCUUGCUGGUGGGCAUUUGAAAAACAAGCUUCUUGAUGAAUGUGGAGAACAAAUGGAACCAAGUUACACUCCUCCCUCACUGCGGAAUUUGUUCAAUGGGUCUCAACUUAAGAACUGUUUAAAUCAGGCUGGUGAUGGGAACCUGCAUGUAUCCAAGGGUGUUAAAAAAUCACCUGCUGAAAUUCAAGCCACCCGGGAAAUGAGGAUUCAUUUUAACACAAGUGAGCUUAAGAAGUCUUUGGAUGAAGUGAAAUUGCAAAGUCUAGAUCAAGUAACUCUGAGAAAUAAAAAAACCAUGAGAAAAAAGCAGAAACCUGAUCCUGAUGAGCAGGUGUCAUCCGCUCAACAUGAAGAUGCAGGAAUGCAGUUUAGAUUUUAUGAAAGUUCUUCUGCAAGAAAGAGAACAGUGAUAGCGGAGGAACGUGAAAGGGCUAUUAAUGCAGCCAAAGUAUUUAAGCCGACUAAUCCUUUCUGCAGGGUUGUCCUUCGACCAUCCUAUAUGUAUAGGGGAUGUAUAUUGUAUCUGCCAUCCUGCUUUGCUAAGCAUCUGAGUGGGGUUUCAGAAUUUAUCAAACUUCAGGGUCCUGAUGGGAGACAGUGGCCUGUCCGAUGCCUCUACAGGGGAGGUAGAGCUAAGUUAAGCUUGGGAUGGUAUGAGUUUUCGCAGGAGAAUAAUAUGGGUGAAGGAGAUGUUUGUGUCUUUGAGCUGUUAAAGAUGAGGGAUGUUGUGCUGAAAGUUACCAUAUUUCGUGUCCUUGAAGAUACAGGAUUGGUGGUGAACCGGCCAUCACAGCUGAAUGUCGGCCCAACAAAACUAAUUAGAGUUUAGUUGCUGGGUAAUCUCCAGAUUUCUGAGCUGUAUAAAGAAAAAUGAUCUUUUGGGUGGUGAUCGAGCACUGAUCUUUUUUGUUCAUGUGGAGUUUAGUUGCUGUUUAGUGUCUAUAAACUUCCCAGGAUGACUUGGUGGUAAUUUUUUUGUUUUAGGAAUUUGAACACAAAUUUUAUCAAACUAGGGUUGUAAAUAGAUUGUGCAAUCUAGGUUUUUUUUUUUCAAAUCAAACUGGACCAGACCAGUUCAUCCUAGUCAUUCCCUCUUUUC